AGUGGGCAACAGCAGGCUUCCAAGGUUGUCUGGCCAACAUGCAUUCCUUCCGCAGAAUGCCUCAUGCCCCCGCUCCUGAAAUCCAAGUUUUUGCUAGAACAAUAUAUCUUGAAGUAAUCUGGCUCUACAGGAAACGUCCUUUUCCAAGUAGCCUAUUUUUUGUCGAUUAAGGUGACUUGGGCAAUUCUGGGACUUCAAACAACUUUCUUACACAAACCAAGACCAUUCCACCAAGCUUAAGGUAUUAAGGUGAUACCACAGGCUGACUUCAGAAAAUCCCUGUGUGGAAAAUGUGCCUCAUCAACUGGAGCUUGCGCAGAAGAAUGAGUGGCGCGUUCCCAUAGUGAUCCCCUGACAACAUCAUGGCUGGUGAACAGUUAGAUCAGAAGUAUGUCUUCAAUUUACUUUCUGGUAAAAACUUCCCUUUUCUCCAAAAUCCCGAAAUUUCCGGACGCUUCAUGAAAUGGUCAAUGCUGGGGAGAAUAUCAGCCCAGGCCUUCAACUUCGACCAAAUGUUUCAUCCUUAUAAAAAGGAUGAGUUUGUUUUGAAUUUUUUUCAAGACCCUUGCGUGAUGGAGAACUUAAAGGUCUUGAAGUCAGGAUACUGGAAAACCCUAAGAAGUAAUCUAACUCGUGUGGAUGUUGAGGUUGUCCCAUGCUCAAAAGUUUCAAUGGAUAUAUUUGACCCUCUGAAUUCUGCUGGAGUGUUGCGACCAUCUGGGCAUAUAGUCAAGUGUUACCAUGAAAUUUAUGGAGACUUUGAUGAGUUGAAAAAAGCGUUGACUAUAGAGGACUCAGAAAAAUAUGAUUUAAUAAGACCUGCUGAUCGGGAAGAGUUUCUCUUCAAACUUUUCAAGCAUAUAUGUCUUGGUGGUGAACUCUGCCAGUAUGAGGAUACUAUCAGUCCCUACAUGGACACUGUAAAACUAAUCUAUAAAGAUUUUGUGAGUGUGCAGAAAGACUGUAAGACAAAACAAAUCAACAUUGUCUCCACCAUUUUAAAAGUCUCCGCUUAUGAUGCUUCUGGAUUGUGCUAUCCUGACAAUCUGAACUCAGAGCAGAGCUUUGCCUACCUCUGUGUUGAUCCUCUCAAGAGGCAUGUGUAUGUCUUCUAUCAUUCCUUUGGCAUUGGAUGGCUUUCAUAGGCUGGUGCGCCACAUUGCUGAUUUGUUGAUCUGUAUGUUAUUAGCUGUUUAUGAUUACAUAACGACCAGUUUAAGUGAGUUGCUUCAGGUCAUCAGUAUGAACCAGUGGAGCAUAUAUGCUAAAUGUGCAUUUAUGCUAAAAGUGUGCCCUAAACAGCAAAAAGCAACAGUUCCUGUGAAAACAUAGGGUACAACUUGAGUUCUAUGCUAAUGUCUUAAAGCUUGGUAUAACUUCUGAUAGCAAGCCAACAAAACAUUUUGAAGUUGUCUCAUAUAUGCUGUUGAUGAAUGAUAUACUGAGAACUUCUGAAUGUUUUCCACUUUGGUGGCAACAAUAUAUAGACUUCAGACAUUUGUUCUGUGAUGUCAAAGGGACUCAGAUGUGGCUCCAAAAAUGACUGUAAAAAAUAAAGGUAAAGUUCAGGUAUUUAGCAGACACUUUUAAGUGACUUUAAAUGUGAUACGUGUGAGAAAAUGUAUUUCUAAACUACUGUAAUAACAUCACCAGAUGUGAUACAGGUACAAAUACAAAUAUUGUAAUCCUAGUUCUAUUUCGUCUGCUGUUAUCUGGGUUCAUAUAAAUUACAUGCUUUUAGAACAGAUUCAGACUGCAUUGCCAGUUACUGCAGCUUUGUCAGCCAUGUUAACAAAAGUCUCAUUGCUGCAGCCCUGCUUUUGUAUGUAUGCACCACAAUUCACACACUGUCUCCUUUGAAGUAUAUCAGGCUAUUUUGGCACUAGCCCUCUUUACUCUGUAUGCCUCAUGAUUCAUUUCAUAAUGAUAGCAUUUAGUCCUGCUGUGAAAUAUUUCACUUUGUCUUACAUAUCAUACUGUUUAUUGUUGAUAUCAUUAGGCCACUUGGUGUUUUUUUUUCAUGUAAUUUUGUAUCUAUGCUCAGAUUACCUCAAACUCAGACUACUAAUAUAUAGGCCGAAUAAUAAUUUUAAACGGUCAAAAUGUGUGUAUACUGGUCAAAUUCCCACAGCCUAACACCAAAAUCUCACUAAAACAAAUCCUCCUGUAUUUUUAACGAAACUGGAAGUUAAGUGUAUAUUGGAGCAAUCUAGCCAAAAAGAAUAAAAAUGCAGGGUAUGACAAAAAAUACUAAUUACUUACUAACCGAAAGUGAGGUCAUGCCGGGAAAUAUCAAACUGAGGCUUUAACGUAUCGACCGAGCGAUAGCGAGGUUGAUCCGCCAAAGCUGAAGUUUGAUAUGGUGGUAAUUGUAAAUA